CUGAUAACUAGAUUUCCCGUCCUCACUCAAAUUAUUUUUCAGGUGAACGCAAACGUCUAUCUUAUACUGCUAACCAGUGCUGAUAGCGUGUUUCUGUUGGGUAUUUUACUUAUUUGUUUCAAGGUCGACUUUAUUGCAUACGAGUAUUGCGUUGGAUUAGAAUAUGUUCUGAUGACAGCAUCGUACAUAAGUAGCUGGUCAACGGCAGCACUCACUAUCGAACGAUACCUAGCUAUUGCUCAUCCACUGAAACAUGUCAUGUAUGGUCACGUAGAUAGGACACGAAUGGUAGCCUACUGGGUACCUAUACCAUUUGUACUGCAGCUGUUUCAAUUUGUUUCAUUGAAACCUGUUGAUGGUGAUGACAGAAAGUGUGCACUAAAAGAGGCUAAUUAUCAGAUAAUCGCUCAAGCUCUUGAUACAAUUCUCUGUUAUCUUUUGCCAUGCCUGACGAUCGUUAUUCUGAACCUUCUGGUUGCUAUAAAGAUCAAGCGCUCGACGUUUGUCGAUACGAGCAAGGGUCGAAAUUCACGGCGACAAGGCGGCCAAACAGCGCAUUCGGGAUCGCUGACUCGUAUACUAUGGGUGAUGCCAUUGGUAUUUGUCCUUUUAACCACACCUUUCUAUGUGAUUAUGAUGAUAGAAGUCUUCUGGCAAGUGGUCUACCAUUCACCACCUGCAUUUACACAUCGAUCUCAUAUCUUCGUGAUUAUAUACAAUACGGCUCAUUACAUGUAUUAUAUAAAUACAGCGAUAGACGUAGUUGUUUACGCGUUUUCCAGUGCGAAUUUCCGGAAAACCGCAGUGAUUGCAUGGAAACGAAUAUUGUGCCCCGGCUAUGUAGAGAAGCACAAGCACAAGGUACAACUUUUUUGCUGCUCCAAACUUUUCUUCAGUAUUCCUGUGAUCAGCCAGCCGCCCUCAAAUGGAACCUUACGAAUAUGA